UUAAAUUUCUCUCUCUCUCAUAAUAAUCCCCGGCCAGUAGUUGUCAGAUUCCGGCCACCUUUCUCUUCCCAUUUAUAUAUAUAUACCCCACCUUCUACUCUCUCUUCCCUUUACCCCUAACAUUUUCUCUUCUCUUAUCUUUCUUCCUUCCUUUCUGGUUUUUACACACACGUAGGCGCAUGUAUCAGUACAUGGCCAUAUCAGGAACAGUAUAUGGUACUUCGUCUAUGACUCGUGUCCAACAGGAAAAUAAUUAAAAAGUGAUAUACUACCCUGCGCACCUUCUUCAUCCCGCGUACUUUAGCAUCUACGCUUAGUAUCUUUCUGAUUUCUACUUUUGUGUUAUUUGUUUUCUGCGUCACUUUCAAUUUCAGCAAAAUUAUAAUUAAGAACAUGAACAGAGCAUUGUUGCCGGAGAUGUUACACUGUACGGACAUGACUGUGCUUGAGAGACAAAGGGCUCGUUUUAAAUGGCAACAAGAGCAGCAGCAACAAAACCCAGUACAGAUUGAACAAGAAAGUUUUAAUUUUGGCGAUUUGAGUGGGGUUUUUCAGUUGCAGCAGCAGCAGCAAGGGUUUCAAGGUGAUCUCGGAGAGGUGGUCACCCGGUCUGUUAAGCCUGACCCGGGUUUGAUAGAUAACGGGUGGCCUGAUUUAGUUGCGUUCGGCUCGGCUUGUGGAUAUGGGAAUAGUAAUGGGUCUGGUUUUGGUACCAAUUAUGGUAUUUCUAGAACUUCUAGUUGUCCACCUGCGGUGGCUGCCGCCGCAGUGGCGGAUGCAGCUGCAGUUGCGUCACGGAAAUUGAGUUCUGGAGUUGGUAGAGAAAGUUUGAAGAAGAGAAAGGCUGAUAAAGUGCAGAAUAAUACGAAGGUUGCUGCAGAAGAUGACAGCAGGGUUGACAAAAGAAUCAAAGGAUGUGCAGAGGAAGGAGAGUCAAAGAUCACAGACAAAACUAACAACAAAACCAACAGCAGCAAAAACAUUAACAAAGAAAAUUCAGCUGAAACUUCUAAGGAUAACUCUAAAGUAACUGAGAUUCAAAAGCCAGAUUACAUUCAUGUCCGGGCCCGCCGCGGCCAAGCCACUGAUAGCCAUAGCUUAGCUGAAAGAGUGAGGAGGGAAAAAAUAAGUGAAAGAAUGAAGUAUCUGCAAGAUUUGGUGCCUGGGUGCAACAAAAUUACAGGAAAGGCAGGCAUGCUUGAUGAAAUCAUUAACUAUGUUCAAUCUCUUCAACGACAAGUAGAGUUCUUGUCAAUGAAACUAGCUGCUGUGAAUCCAAGGCUUGACUUUAACAUUGAUAACUUAUUUGCUAAAGAGAAUUUUCCUGCUUGUGUAACCAAUUUUCCCACAAUUGGGAUGUCGUCAGAUAUGACUAAUCCUGCAUAUCUUCAGUUUAAUCCAGUACAGCAACAACAACAGCAUCAGCAACAGCAACAAUUAGUGACAUGUUGUGGAUUGGAUAUCGGGAUAAAUAAUCCUUCUGAUAUAGUGCUUAGACGAACGAUUAGUGCUCCAAUAUCAAUGCCUGAGAUGUUUGUUGACUCAUCUUGCUUCACUCAAAUCCAGCCUUCAUCAACUUGGGAUGCUGAUUUACAAAAUCUUUACAAUGUAGCAUUUGAUCAAUCAAGAUCAACAUCUUUCCCUACUCAGCCAUUUACAGGUACUAUUGAACCUAGCAAUCUGAAGAUGGAGAUGUGAAUCGGAACAUCAUCGAUUACACGAUUCUUGGAAGAGAAGAUUAUUCUAAAUCCUUCUGAUCUUGAUGAUUCUUUUUUCUUCUCUAAGCAUAUACCGUAUAUAUUUUGUAUGUAUACUUGUGAUUACAUAUAUAGUAUGAAUAAAAUCAUACCUAUUAACAUCAAA